AUGGUCAUGAAGAUGAACAAAAGAAAAAAGAUGGUUAGGGGAGCUGUUGUUUUUGUUGCACUAGCUGCAAUGGCAGUAAUUGUUCGGGCUAUAGUAAGGAAGAGAAGACCACGGAUUACCUAUGGCCCAAUGCAUGAAAGAGAUCGAAUCAGAUACGAUUAUCUAAACCAAAAAAAUUGGCAAAGCGAUGUCUUAUGUAAAAACAUGCUAAGGUUUGAAAGAGCUGCAUUCUUCAAUUUGUGUGCCAUAAUGAGGGAUCGCAAGUUGCUAGAAGAUAGUCCACAUGUUAGCGUGGAGCAACAAUUAGCGAUGUUUUUGCAUACAAUUGGGCAUAACCUUCGGAAUAGAGUGGUGUCAGCCAAUUUUUGUAGAUCAUAUGGCACAACCAGCAUCUAUUUUAGAAAGACUCUUCAUGCCAUAGGCGAGCUUCGUAACGAUUAUAUACGGCCACCAUCGUUGGAGACCCCCGCAAAAAUUGAAGGAAAUCAUCGAUUUGACCCAUAUUUUAAGGUAAUUUUAGAAACUAUUCCUUAG